AUGAGUAAUAGGCUGGCCUGCAUACUUCCAAGACUUAUUUCUGAUAAUCAAUCAGGAUUUGUCCAUGGAAGACUAAUUACAGAAAAUAUUCUUUUGGCUCAGGAGAUAAUCCAUGGAAUCAGGGACAAGAAAGAGGGGGGAAAUGUUUUUCUUAAACUAGACAUGUCAAAAGCUUAUGAUAGGGUUAAUUGGCACUUUAUCAUUGAUGUUCUCAAGAAGUAUGGUUUUUCUGAUAAAUGGGUGGAUCUUGUAUGGAGAUCUUUCUCCAAUAUUUGGUACUCUAUUCUUAUAAAUGGUUCAAGAAAAGGUUUCUUCCACUCCUCCAGGGGCUUGAGACAAGGAGACCCUCUGUCUCCUGCUCUUUUCAUUUUGGGAGCUGAAGUUUUAUCCAGAAUGCUAAAUACACUCCAUAAUGACAACCUUUAUCUUUGGUUUCUCUAUGAACAGUGUUCUGGCCAACUCAUAAAUGAAGAGAAAAGCUGCUUUCUGGUGAGUCCCAAUACCUGUUCUGAUGAGGUUGCUAGAAUUAAAGAAAUUACUGGGUACAAGCAUAAAGAAUUUCCUUUUACCUACCUUGGGUGCCCAAUUUAUGUUAGUAGAAAACUCAUUUCUACUUUCAAUGAUGCUAUUACUAAAGUUGUCAGAAAAACCUCAGGAUGGCAAGGAAAAUUGCUAUCGAUUGGUGGUAAGGCCAUUCUCAUCAAACAUGUUCUGCAAUCCCAACCAAUUUAUCUGUUAGCUGCUAUGAAACCUCCAAAUGAGAUCUUCUUACAAAUUGAAAGAUACAUGACUAAGUUUUUCUGGGGUUGUACUGAUAAGAAGAAGAAGCUUCACUGGAGCUCAUGGGCUAAAAUGUGUUAUCCUACUGAAGAGGGUGGCUUGGUUUCAGAAGACUGA